AUGGGAAACGACUCUUCGAAAGCGAAAUUAUCUUCUACAGCGACAACAACACUUGGAACUUCGAAAAGGAAAAAAUUGAGUUUACCGAUUAAACAUGGUCCAUCCUCAUCUGUCGUACAACGUCAUCUGGAGACAGCUAAGAAAAGUCGAGUUUUACAACUUAGAAAUUGUGGUAUGAAAAUAUUGCCGGAGCAGCUGCAAGAAGUUUGUGAAAUUCUUCGAAAUUUGGAUGUUUCACAGAACAGAAUCCGAAUGCUUCCAACAUUUAUUGGCUCAUUCAGUAACUUGAAACAGCUUCAUCUUUCUAAUAAUGAAUUGGAAAGUUUACCAGAUGAAGUGGGUGUUCUGAAGAGGCUGGAAAUUUUGGAUCUCUCUUGCAAUCAACUUAGCCGCCUUCCGGAAUCGUUGGCUGGUUUAUGUUCGCUGAAAACACUGAAUAUAUCAAAAAACAAGUUCAUAAACUUACCUGUGUGUGUAUGCCACUUGCCGAUACUAAACAUUCUUGACAUAUCGUCCAAUUUUAUCGAAUUUCUUCCCGAUGAGGUGAAAUUUCUGAAAAUAUCGGAAUUUAAUCUGAAUCAGAACAGAUUAAAUUCAUUAAAUGCAGCAAACUUGAUGCACUGCGAAGCUUUGAGAAUACUUCGAGUGGAAGAAAAUUGUUUGAAUAAAACAGAUUUUAUAAGUGAUUUUCUAAUUAAUUCUAAUAUUAGUCUGAUUGCAUAUGCUGGAAAUCUUUUCCAGGACAAAGAUUUCCAAAAUUUACCUGGUUACGAAGAGUAUCAAAAGAGAUACACAGCUACAAAAAGAAAAAUGUAA